GUAAAAGACUUCUUGUUUCAAGCAAAAAAAAAGACAACUUUAAAAAACAAAAAUGAACUGCAGCACCUGUGAGCAUUACUCAUGAGGCUAAGCUAAGUUUUGCUUUUGAAAUUUACAAGGAAAUAUGUGGGCAAAAAAUAUGUCAAUAAAAAACUGUUAAAUAUUUAAGUCAGCCUCACAGCAUAGUUCAGCAAUGGCUGAUUUGAUCUGCUUGUAUCUUUUAGGUUGGCAGGUUCUCCCUGCUUACUGCUCUUUGUGCUUUUCUAGUUGGUUCAUCCAUAUUUGUCUUCAGAAUGUUUUAUCUUCUUUUUUAUUCUUAUUCCUUUUUAAUGAGACACUUUUCCUCUUGUUGGUGCUUCAUGUAAUACAGAUUGGCUUUAUUGCAGCUCCUUGAAGGAGCUGUUUCUUUCCAGGCCUUGAGUCAUUUAUGAUUUAAGUCCAUUACAAUUUGGUAGAUUUGGCUGGAUUGCAUAGGUAAAGUUGCCUGAGAGAAUUUUGACUUUGUGUUGUGCUUUAUUAUUCUCUGAAAUGAUCAACUGUGUGCUAUUUGCACUUUUCCCCUGUAGAUCUCAGAGUUUUGAUUUCGUAUGAUCAAUUCUCAGUGCUUGCCAGUACUGUCACAGUGUUGCUGUAGUCAAGAUGCUCUGAGGUUGUAAGUCGGGCAAGUUUUGUAGUGGGGCUUAACUUUCAUGGACUUGUGGUUUAGAUGGAAAAAAAUGGACAAAUUUGGGGGCACAUAAACCCCACUUCAGGCUUGAAACAGACAGCAAAUUUAAAUCUUAGUUUAACUUAAUCUCUGAGUUUAAUUUAAUUGUGUUAAUCAGUCUCCUGUAAGGGAUUUUUGAGUUUAUUUUACUUUUCUGUGUUGAUUAAAUUUCCCAGGCUUUUAUUGCACUAGAACAUCGGGCCUCUCUUGUCAGUUCUCUGUGCCUCCCAUUCUUGCUGUGCCGCGUUCUGCUGGGAUUUCUCUUUCAUAUUACAUUUUAUGGUGAUGUUUUCAGGAGUUUGUGUUUUCCAUUGUAUGACACAAACUUGCAAUCAGAGAUUUUAAACAAACUGCCAGUCAUGUGGCUGUAACAGCAUGAAGAUCAAUGUGGUUGCAAAAUCAUCAGAGAAGCUGUGUGAAUAUUCAGGAAGUCAGCCUGUGCAGGACUUCUAACUACUGAAGCAACACUUCUGACAGGAAAACUGUGAUGGCUCAGGUGGUUUAAAGCAAGCUUGUCUUGGGAAGCUUCACCCUCAGCUCUGGUAUUCAUGGUACCCUGAAUUUUGAGGAAGAAACCCAAGACAGCUGAAAACCAGAAGGCGUCUGAGGAGAAUGAGAUUACUCAGACGGGUGCAUGCAGCGCCAAGCCGGGCCUUCCCUGCCUGAACCUUGAAGCUGUUCUGUCUCUGAGCCCGGCCCUCAUCACUCACCACAUUCAACAACAAACCUGCACGCACACACAGGGUCAUCUGAUUGUAACAUCAGUUGCAAGGGGAUGACAGAGCGCAUUCAUAGCAUCAACCUUCACAACUUCAGCAAUUCUGUGCUCGAGACCCUCAACGAGCAGCGCAACCGUGGCCACUUCUGUGACGUGACGGUCCGCAUCCACGGGAGCAUGCUACGCGCCCACCGUUGUGUGCUGGCGGCUGGCAGCCCCUUCUUCCAGGAUAAGCUGCUUCUGGGCUACAGCGACAUCGAGAUCCCCUCAGUGGUGUCAGUCCAGUCUGUGCAAAAGCUCAUUGACUUCAUGUACAGCGGGGUGCUGCGGGUCUCACAGUCAGAGGCCCUCCAGAUCCUCACAGCUGCCAGCAUCCUGCAGAUCAAGACUGUGAUUGAUGAGUGCACAAGGAUUGUCUCUCAAAAUGUGGGAGAGGUCUACCCGGUCAUUCAAGAUUCUGGCCAGGAGACGCCGAGGGGAACACCCGAAUCAGGCACCUCGGGGCAGAGCACCGACACGGAGUCUGGCUACCUGCAGAGCCAUUCACAGCACAGUGUGGACAGGAUCUAUUCAGCCCUUUAUGCCUGUUCCAUGCAAAAUGGGAGUGGAGAGCGCUCCUUUUACAGUGGAGCUGUGGUCAGCCACCAUGAAACAGCCCUGGGGCUCCCCAGGGACCACCACAUGGAAGACCCCAGCUGGAUAACCCGGAUCCAUGAACGAUCGCAGCAGAUGGAGCGAUACCUCUCCACCACUCCGGAGACCACACACUGCCGCAAGCAACCACGGCCUGUACGAAUUCAAACCCUGAUGGGCAACAUCCAUAUUAAGCAGGAGAUGGAGGAUGACUAUGACUACUAUGGCCAACAGAGGGUGCAGAUCCUUGAGCGCAAUGAGUCUGAGGAAUGCACUGAGGACACUGACCAAGCAGAAGGCACUGAGAGUGAGCCCAAAGGGGAGAGCUUUGACUCGGGAGUCAGUUCCUCCAUUGGCACUGAGCCCGAUUCCAUGGAGCAGCAGUUUAUGGCUGGUCUAGGCCGGGAUGGGCAGCAAGAACCUUCUCAAGCAGAUCAAAAUGACGUCCCUGCUGAUGGCACUCAGCCGCAGCAGCAGCAGCAGCAUGUAGAUGCCAACUCUUCCUCGCCAGAGAGAAGCAAUGACGUUGAAAUGGACAACAAAGUGCUCACAGUCAAUAACAGCACCGAAAAGGGGGCUUUGCAGCCUUCUGUCAACACAACUGUUGCCCAACCAUUGCCAACCACACAGAUCUACUUACGCCAGACAGAAACCCUCACCAGCAAUCUGAGGAUGCCACUGACUCUGACCAGCAACACUCAGGUCAUUGGCACAGCUGGCAACACCUACCUGCCUGCCCUUUUCACCACACAGUCUGCUGGCAGUGGCCCUAAGCCUUUUCUCUUCAGCCUGCCCCAGCCUUUAGCUGGCCAGCAGGCACAGUUUGUAACAGUGUCCCAGCCUGGCCUGUCAACCUUUACUGCCCAGCUGCCAGCCCCACAGCCCUUGGCUCCAUCUGCGGGCCACAGCACAGCAGGUGGGCAAGGUGAAAAAAAGCCUUAUGAGUGCACUCUCUGUAACAAGACUUUCACCGCCAAACAGAACUACGUCAAGCACAUGUUUGUACACACAGGUGAGAAACCCCACCAAUGCAGCAUCUGUUGGCGCUCCUUCUCUUUAAAGGAUUACCUAAUCAAACACAUGGUGACGCACACUGGCGUGAGGGCGUACCAGUGCAGUAUCUGCAACAAGCGCUUCACCCAGAAGAGCUCCCUUAAUGUGCACAUGCGCCUCCACCGCGGGGAGAAGUCCUACGAGUGCUACAUCUGCAAGAAGAAGUUCUCCCACAAGACCCUGCUGGAGAGGCAUGUGGCUCUGCACAGUGCCACCAACGGCACGCCUGGAGCCACCGGAACCGGCACAAGGGCUGUCCCUGCCGGGGUGGUGGCCUGCACGGAGGGGACCACGUAUGUCUGCUCUGUCUGUCCAGCUAAGUUUGACCAAAUCGAGCAUUUCAACGACCACAUGAGGAUGCAUGUGUCAGAUGGAUAAGUAGAAUCUCUCUCUCUCUCUUUGUUAUGAACAAAAAAUAGUAGAAACAACAACAAAAAGCUAUGGCACUAGAAUUUAAGAAAUUAUUUUUGUUUCAUUUUUACCUUUAUUUUCCUCUUUUUUUUUUGGGGGGGGGGGGGAUGGGGUUCGUUUCAAUUUGUUGUUUUUUGUACUACAUGAAGAACUGUUUUUUGCCUGCUGGUACAUUACAUUUCCGGAGGCUGGGAGAGUAAUAAUUUUCCCAACCUCCCUUGGAUGGUGGCCUUAAGGCCAGGUAGUGCUUCAUGAGCUCCACUGGUUGGAUCUCUAGCUACUGGCCUCUAAAUACAACCCUUCUUUACUACAAAAAAACAAACAAACAAACAAAAAAAAACCACAAAAAAAUCAAAAAACAGACAGAAAAAUAAAAAAAAAAUCUUUUUUCUCACUUGUGAAGAGCACUACAAAAAAAAAAAGAAACAAAACAAAUAUAUUACAAAUCUACAAGGCCUACUGUCGUUAUAAGUACACCGCUCGCAGUGUUUCAAUGGACAUAAUUCACAAUGCUGACCGCUUUUGGACUUCACAGUAUCCAGUUAGAACUGUGGAAUAUUUUGCUUCUGGUUGAGCAGCAACCAGAGGAAACAAGGCCCUGCUGGUUUCCACCACGUGUCUGCUUUCUCACACACACGCAUCCACAAACACACGAAAGGGCUGAGGGGAGUGCAAGGCAGUGUGGCUUGGAUAGAGUCGAGUCUCUACAGGGUGAGGAAAAAGAAUCAGAGGUUCCUCACCACGAUUCUGCUCCAUCCCAUGCUGUCUGGCGCACCCUCCCCGCUGCUUUUUCCAUACCACCACCACCACCACCUUAUAGCAGAAACCAAGAAGAUUCAGACAACGAGCAACGGUGGCUUUUAUGUAAUUUAUUCAGUGUCUUCGCUGAGCCCAGGGCCUCAGCACAAUCAAGAGGGACUUUCACAGAAGGCAAAGAGAAACACAGAGGAAAAUCAAAGAUAUCAGAGGUUGCAACCUAUGGAUCUAGGUACAAGAGAAGGGUUAGUUCCCACAAUCUUUGCAAAAAAACAAAAGUUGCAUCAGGAUUUAUUCUUGUGGAAGAAAGAGGAAUAGAGGGUGGGUGGGGAGGGGAAUAAUAAUGAAAAAAAAAAAGAGUUCUUGGGACUUUUUUAAUUCAAAAUUUUAUAGAGGGGCAAAAGUGACGUUUACCAGAUAGAAUGCUGAUUUUUUUAAUAUAUUUACAACAGUAUUUGUGUAAAAAAAAAAGCAAAAAAAAGUGAGAUUGUUAAAAGUAAUUUUUCUUUGUUUUCUUUUUUUUUUGUUUUGCAUACACUGCCACUAAUAUCUUCUCUUUUAUUAUAUAUAUGAAUCUAUAUAUAAAUAUAUAUUUUAUUUUAAAUUGAGACUGUUAAGGUUAGCUAACCUGCUUCCAGAUAGAAGGGGGGAGGGGAGAUGAUCUUGAUUUUUAUUUUAAAAAAAAGAGGAAGGUUGUUUCUUAAUUUUAAUUUUUUUUUUUCUAGUAUUAUUCUCUCUCUCUUUUCUAAUGGAAUCAAGAAUUACCUGGGUCGAUGAGGGGCUCUGUGAAGUCAUCUGUGAGAUUAUCUAUUAGAGUUUGUGCAUCCUGCAGUAUCAUUUGAACUGCUACUUUGUUUUUGAAUCACCUGGUUCUCUUUUUAGCUCUUACCAAGGUUCUGUUGUUUCUUCCUUUGGUUCCAUCUCAGAAUUUAUUUCUGCUGAAGGGCAGUUCCUGUUGAGAAAGAGAUUUUUCUAGCAAUGUUCCUAUGUUUUUAGGGAUGGUAGAAUCUGUAGCCUUUUCUUUCUUCUUCUUUGAAAAAGUAAUGAAAGUUUUGAAGGUGUGUAAUAACUAGGAAUUCCCUUCUUUUUGGUCACUGGACAAGAAUUAAUCUGCUGUAUUGUUUUCUCAUCCCUGCCUUGCUCGCUAAAGAGCUUCCAUAUUUGUGUGGGAAUCUGAUCCUCCCCCUGGUAAUUUGUGCUGAUGCCAAAAUAACUUCAAAUGUUACCAUUGCAAAUAAUCUCCCCUUCUUCAUUUGCAAAAACAUAUAACUGAAGGGCCACAUCCCACAUUCUCUGCAUAUGCAAAGCUAUGCAAGGAAUGUAGGAUCAGUGUGAAAGAUUGAUUCUUGAUCUGCAUAUUUAUGUUCAUGUUUUGUAUUUUGUUUUAUUGUAUUUGGGCUGGUGUUCUCCCUGGUCGUCUUCUGUGUAUCUGUGUAAGAAUUUUUCCCCCAAAGCCAACUCCCAAAGUAUGUGGGUCCUUAGUUCAGUUGGAUCAGUGUCUGACACUAUCUUUGUCUUUCUUGAAAUCCAUAGCUAGGACUUGCACCAGCUGCACUCUGGACUUUACAUUUCAGGCAGAGAAGAAGCACCUAACAAAAAUAUGCAAAAAGAAAAAAAAGAAUUGCUAGUUUAGCUCUUACUUGUGUCUAUAUUUAAAUUAAGCGUUCUUAAGUUUACAAAACUUUUGCUUGUGAACACUGAGCAUUUCACAUGAGACAUUCUUUUAUGCUGGACAACUUUCUAACUCUUGACUUGAUAGAUUUUCACACACAACUUUGUGUGUUCUUUACACCUGCAGCUUCUGUAUCAGAUGUCUGUGAUUCAACACAGGUAACCUCAUGCUAUGUUCUGCGCCUGUUCCAUUACUGAUUUAUCUUGGGGAGACAAAAGCCCUGACAGGUGGUUUAGUGUUAGAAUAUUUCUGUACCCUGCAAGGUAUUUUUUAGCAGAUCCUUAAUGAGGAAGCCCUGAUUCUCAGCUGCAGUAGGCAGCAUAGACUUUGAGGUGAGUGCCAGAGCAAAUAAAUGAGUCUCUUACAUGGUAACAUCUGUUUUUUGUUACCAGUUUGGGUAGUUCAAAGGGGCUGGAGAAGGAGCGCAAGUUAGUUAACAAAUGUUGUUUUCAUAACCACACUUGGUAAAAACAGUGCUGGCAGGUAAAUGAAGAAGUGAAAAGACAAAGCCUAAGACACAUAGAUGGAGAACUGAUGUCUGAGAUGUAAAGACACACUAAAUCUGUACAGAAAAUAAAGGUUCUAGAGACAAGGGUGUAGAAGAAAAUGGGGAAGGUGAACCUGUACAAAAGGAUUGAAGGUCUUUCUCUGGGGAAGUGAGUUUUUUCCUGAGAUCUUUAUGAUUGAAGAGUUUGGUGUUCUCCCAUAUAAGGAAUUAAUGAAGAAUUUUACCCAUCUUAAGUAUCUGUAGCUGCUCAUUUGUCAUCUGAGGUCUGGGAAAAAGCUGUUUAAUUCGCCAUUGUUGAAUCUGGUGAACUAUAGUCAACAUGUAGCAUAUUCUGGAAUAUGGUUCUGAUACCAGAAGAGAUAUGCCAAUACACAGGAAAUAAGAAUCAGGGUUUACAUCCAACAAAAUCCAAACACUACAGUGUUUAGAGAGAAAAAUCCUGUCUAAAUUUUAAUUCUUCAAUUUCCAACCUUCCCUAAAUCAAAGAAGCAUCAUUUUUGAAAUGCAGAUUUAUUAUGGGGCCUAACAAAUUUGAAGUGAAUUAAAUAUCAGUUGUGAAUAAAUGAAUGAAGGGGGCCAAUUAAAAAAAAAAUAAACUUAUUAAAUUAAAGCAAAAGGCAUAUUAGAUUGAAUUCUAAAUCACUUCUCAAAGAAUGUAGGCCACGGUCUUCACAAAUGGAAGCCUGAAAUGUAAGCUGAUUUUGUUGAACUUCCAGGCUCAAAAAUUAGUGGCUUGAUAUUGUGAAAUAUGGAGCAGCUUGCAAAGUGACUGCGAAUGUAUCUGAAAGUGCUCAUCAGAUCACUUGUUUAAAUGCCCUUCUGUGAACGUAGGAGCUCAAAUGUAGAUCCUUUAUCUUUUGAAAUGUGAAAUUAUUUUUAAUAAUGCUUCCUCCCAUCUAUAAAUGUUUAAAUAUUUAUUUACUACUUUGAAACUACAGUAUCUGAAUGUUACAGGUGUCUUCAAGCUUCAUGUAUUGCUACAAUAUUCCUUAGCAGAAAGAAUACCUACUAGCAGUCACAGUGAUCUACAGACUGGUGGUGUCAAUGUUUGAACACAUCCAUGCUUGAAAGGCUUCCUUCAAAACACCUGGUAAAAUGAUACAGAUGAGAAAGAGCAGACUGUAGCACACACCGUUGUGACGGAGCAUGCAACAUCCUGCAUUCCUUGAGCCUGAUUCUCACUUUCCCUAAAGCUCUCUUUAUAUUGCUUCUGCAAUGGAAAAGGAUAUUAAGUAGAAUGUAAAUUCAAGCAUACAAAUCAAGACCUCUCUGCAAGGCCAAAGUGCAAUAAGGUAAGCCUUAGAGUAGAUGAGAGGUGAGUGCCUUCUCUUACUGCUGCUGAGGCUGAGGAAGUCAAUUGAAAAUGUAGGAUUGUCCAGAGCAGAUCUACCCUGUGGUCCACCUUGCCUAGUGUUCUGUCUCUGACAUGUGGCCAGCUAUAGAUGAUUUGGAUGAAGAUGAAGGACCCAUGCAGGAUAAUUACAAAGUAAUAAUCCUAAGAGAGAUUUGUUAUAAUUCCUCAUUAGCUAUAUAUCUGCUUAUAACCUAAAGACAUAAUAAUUCAUGGCCUUAACUUUUUAUCCCAUAUAUAUUGUGGCAGAUGAUUCUCAUUAUCCUUUAAAGAUCUAGCUUACUAAUUCCUAGGUGGCCGCAGUGCUAUCCUCUGAAAGUGAGUUCCUCAGGUUAAUUAUGACAUUGUUGAAAUGAUUCCUUUUCAGGUUAAUUUUGUUGCUGUUCAUCGAAACACCCUUGUUCUUGAAUUAUGUGAAAUCAUAAAUCAGAGAACCAAAAUUUAACUUCUCUUGCCCAUCCUGCUAAAGUCUGCCUCUCUCUGGGAAAUCUGAAUCCACAAGGAAUGCAGGACCACAACAUCAGUGUCUGCUGGUCAGUAAGGAGAGAACAGCUAGCGAGUGUGUGUGUGUGCAUGUCUGGGGUGCGUGCACUAGUGAGAUUUUCCUACAGUGACCUCUUGCGGAGGACUUGCAAGUACAACUGGUAAACAGUGGGAACAUAUCAGUAGUGUAAACCAGACUAGAAAUUGUAAUUUGAUAUUUCAAUCUGUCUCUCCUCUCACAAAACCCCUAUUAAUAGCCUCUCGUAAGGGAAAUAGGUAUAGACAUUUUGCAGGAGCUGCUUUGGGGGCACUUUCUCAGCAAUUGUCAUGCUCCCAGUAGGCCCACUUCUGACCCAUGCUGUUAGUUGUUUUCAAAAGCAGCUCAUACCCACAGUAAGUACAAUGGGAAGAAUGGCAUUUAACUGACUUUCUAAGAGAAUGAGAUUCCCCUUUGCUCUAAAAUCAAAGAGGCCAAAUGGUACCUAUUUUUCUUAAUUUCUUUUUUCAUCCAAAGGAGAGUUGAGUAACUCUCUGAGUAAUAACCCAGAUACCAUCAGCCCCCUCACUUCUUACCAACCCCAAACUGACUGAUUUCAGUCGAUUGUGAGCUACUAGAUUAUUGCUGGAUCAUUCACAUGGUGGAGGAGCGCAUCUCUUUACCGAGUAUUAUGCUAGCAUGUCCUGCCUCUCUUUCUUAGUAAUGAAAACAAAUCCCACAGAGAGAAGGUACAAACAUAUUACUUGCCGGAGUGUUGAGUCCAAUCCAAAAUCAGAAGCACCCAAACCAUUUGGAACACAAACAGACCUUCAGUAUGCCUAAGACUCUGGAGCUGUGACCCUUCUGACAGUCUUACAUGAAGGAAAUCCUCCAACUCUCACUGCUGAAGAUGCUUGCUACUCCAAAAGAAAUAUAAUACCAAAUUAGCACCUAGUGAUCUGUCAAGGAAAACUGGACCUUGGUAAUCCAGCCCUUUCAAUUCAGCAUCCAGCUCCUCUAAGCUAUUGAAAUAAGCCUGAUAGAAAUGAAUCAGCAGGUAGUCUAAUUGAAGCAGCAUCUGAUCAGCCUAAAGCAAAUAGCUGCUUUUGACAUUCCCUGAUUUGUUUUCAUGCUGGCUGUGAAAAUUUGUGGAGGAGGUGUAAUGUAAUGAGAACUUGGCCCUGACAGGGUCUGAGCCUCGUCUGCUCCCAGGGGGCUUGUCACUUAGUAGGAUCUGUCUCCUAAGUCAUUACAACUCUGCUGAAGAAAGGCUCAUGAGAGGAACAACAGAUACUACAUUAAAUGUGAAGUCUUGAGUUUGUAAAUGCAAUGAAAACCUUUCCCAGCACUUGAGUGUCCUGCUGACAGAAACCAAAAUCAGGUAGGAAGGCCUUGCAGAGGGGCAGAUAUUGGAAGUACCAAGUUUCUGCAGCAUGUCCAGUAAGAGCCAAAUGUGCAGGUGGCUUAAUGCUACAUUCAUAGGAACUUGUUCCAGCCAUGCCAAAUCAAUGUUCUUGCUUCUGCUCAUCUUUUUAUUUGACCUGCUAGAAGUAACAAGCUCUCAGCUAACUUCAUUUAAAGCUGCUCAGCGAUCCAGUUCAUUUCAGCAGGAGCAAAGGAUUCCACAUAUUUUGACAGGUGACUAACCUGGGAAAUUUGGAAUGAAUUUUAGGUAUUCUUCAAACUAACUCAGACAAAACAAAAAGGUAGGUUGUGCUUUCUUUGGUAUAGAACAGAGAGAUUUGAUCCACAAGGGAGACACUGACGGAGAGACAACCUAAAAAUAAGAAUGCUUUACACUCUUAGACCUAUUUUUGUGAAGCACAAGGGGGAAUCUUUGUUUAGUAUUUCUAAGAAAAUAUGUAAAUGAGAAACAAGAUGUGUUAGGUAAUAGUGUAAAUCCAUCUAAUUAUUCCCAGUGCUGAUAACUAAUCAACUAGAUUAGUGCAUUUAGGAACAGACAAAAUGUUACACAUUCAAUGUUUCUAUUUCUGAUCCCCCUCCACUAUAGAUCAGGAGUAACUAAGAUGAAAACAGUAGUUAUACAAAUACAAAAUUUACAGUGAAAUAAUUGUUUCCAUGUGUAUGUCUGCCAGUAUCUGGACAAAUACCCGUUCUGAAUUAAUGUUUAUAAUUAACAGGAUGCUUAGAUAAUCUUGGUUUAAAAUCUAUGGUUUAGUGAGAUAAAUACAAAGUUAAAUAUUAAUAGAUAUUUUGUCAUUAUAUAUUUAGCAAUGGUGCUGCCUUCUUUUUGGAUAUUAGCCUCUGAGGUAGCACUUGAUCCCCAGGCAUUACAAAGGAGUCCAAGUGUAGGAGAAGCAGAGUUGAGUGAAUAAAGUGAAAAAGUAAAUUGGAUCCAUAAUGUGCUUUAAAUCGGUAUUCAUGUUGCAACUGAUAACUUUAAUCAAGAGCUUCUAGGUUUAUGUUAAAAUGCAAGGAGUCAAAUAUUCUAAACGUAUUUCUAGCAAAGUCGCAUCAGAAGAAGCAUUAGUUGUGGGGUUUAAAUGCCAGUUUCCCCAAGAGCGCUUCAUUAAAAGCUUUUAAAAUAAUAAGAGGCCAACUGAAGAUAUGCAGAACUCUGCUACAUUGACAUGAUAUAUGCUAUCAUGCUAUCUUCAUGCUAUACAUGAUCACAGUUUUCACCACCAGAACUAAGUCUGCUUCACUAACCGACUUCUUUUCCCUGCGGUCUGUGAACUGAGAUUUCUGUUCACAGCUACAUAGGCCCAAGGAAAACUAUUAAUAUUUCCCCUAGGAAAAGGAGUGUUAACACUGAGGUAAGCAUACCAAGAAGGUCUUCCAGACACUCUGUUCACUGUAUUUUAAAUCCCUGAUUUAAACAUUUGUCCUCAACUAUUUUUCAAAAAGUGAAGACCAGUAAGAUAUUUCUUUGGGAAGCAAAUACACUACAGCCUUGAAUACACUACAGCCUUGAAUACACUACAGCCUCAUAUACAAUCGCUGCCUUAAAACAAAUGUGUCUGAGGAGUAUGGAGUGUACUUGCGUUUUGUAUCUAUAGCAGAGUUUUGCCUAAAACAUUCCCUUCGUACAAAGUGUGUUAUACUUUCCUGUUUAAGGGUAGAGAACAGGUAAAGAAGUAUUAGUGAGGCACAGUGGGCUCUUCAUAUUGGAUGGUGCUUCUCAGCUGCUUUUACCUUCAGUCACAGCUCCAGUUUUGGUUCUUUUCCAAAGCGAUCUCCUUUUGAUUGGGUUGGUUGGCACCAGCUCUCUGUAAAAUACUGGAGGGUUAAUCCUCUUCCUAAACCAAAUAAUACGGGGGUAAGGCUGUGUGAUUUGGCUACUGACUCCAGCCUCCUCCUCUUACGAAUUCCACCAAUACCAGUGGAAUUUAUAAGAGAGAAAUCCAGUGACAAAUUCUGUUCCUAAUUUUUAUCAGUGGAACCUGUAUUGGCACUUUUGGGAUUGUGUGCAUGUCACUGGAGAUAAAUAUAGGCACUUUGAUUGGCUUGGCUGUGAUUUCUUUUAAGAAAAAGGUAUCCUAACAAUAUUCUUUUGCUGCAGCAAAGUCAUUAUACAAAGAAAAGACCCAUCAAUAUCCCACCAUGUGUAAAAACUUCCUUCUAUCCAGUUCAGCCCAUAGGGAUGUUCUUGUUUCUAUAACUCAUGCAAACUUUAUUAGCACUUGAGGCCUUUUUGUGCUGCAAAAUUUCAUGCACAGUCAUGCAGCCGUACCCCAAGGAUCCCUCGUAAAUGCUCUGUGUCAGGUUAGGCUUAGGUAUUACUGUAGCCCAUAUGCUUUCAUAAUGUCCCUACUGGGACUUUCCCUGCUGGAAAAUCUGGUACCAGUGUAGCAAAUCAUUUCUUGCUUUAGGUAUUUUUCAGGCCGAACUGCAGACUUCUACAGUGUGCACACUUCAUAUAGUUGACUUAUUGCUGAUUUGUUGCCAAGUUCACAGUCCUGUGACACUUGAGAAAAGAGCAGAGCUUGAUGAGAUGAUUAUUGUUGUGCUCAAGUGUCCAAUUCUGCAGUGUCCUGUUCUUACAAAACAGGUAUCUCUGAGAUCUAUAUAUUUAACUGGGCACCUUUUCUAUUUCAACUUUGCUCCUUUUCUUUUUGCCACACAGAUAUUACCAUGUUCUUUGUUGAGCCUUAUAAAGUCUCCUAAAAGUUCAGCCCCCGUGUUGAAUACAUAUUGUUUGACUAGAGAGGACCAUCACAUUCAGGAAGCGGGAUUACAUUCACCCAGCUUCCUUGAAAUGCAUCACAACUUUCUUCCUCUCACUUUUCCCACAAAGUCCUUUACUUUCAUUUGUCACAUAGUCUGUUGGUACUUAUGGUAUCUUUGAAUAAGACCAAAUUAUAUAGCCUCUGUGUGUGUGUGUGAAUGCAAAUGUAUGUAUGUAUGUAUGAGUAUGCAUGUGUAUGUGUGCAUGUGUAGGUAGGUAGCUGGCUAUUUCUUUUUGGCUUUACAGACAGGUUGCUAAUUGUGUGGACAUUCAUGGUUCAGGAAAGUCUUUAGAUGAAGUAACUGUUACAACAUUAACUGUGGAGCAUUGGCAUGAAUCUAUAUGAAUCUAAUGAAAAAUAACUAUACUACUCAUGCAGUAUAUAUGCACACAUAUAUUCAUAAAACACAUUCUGUCAGCCAAAUGCUCUUAACUUGAUGUUUGCCCAAAUAGGAUGUCUGCCCUCAUUCAAAAUGUGACAUCCAGAUUUGGUCCAGUAUAUUUUUGUGAGUACCCAUUCUGAAGUCAAGGCUGCAGCAUGCCUCUCAGAGCCUUGUGUGGUCUUUCAGCUACAAAAUAAAUGGAACAGUCCAACUCAGCAGGCUUCACUAGUAGAGACGGGCAUCCAUUCCAGCUCUGGAAUGAUAACUGUUGAGGCCAGUCAUGUACUUCCAUUGAAUUUCAACACAUUCACCUGACAAAGGGAUAAAAUCUAAACAAAAUAAUCUCACUUCUCUAAUUGCUUUUUAAAAAGAAUUGCAAAAAUUCACCAAGUCUUUAAACAGUUAGAAGUGCAGUGUAUUGAUAAGCUCUAAAAUACUCUAGAUCUGGAGUCUCUAGUAUCCAAACCACCAUAUCAAACAGCUCUUUCCCCACCUCACAUACUCUAAAAUACGUUGACUAUGAAUAUCUUUACAAGUAAUCUGAGUAAUCCAAAUGUAAAAUCAUUAAUAAUUACCAUUUAACUUUCUCUCUCUCGGUCUUUGCCAAAAUCUUUUCAGGAACAUGGUUAGUGUGUCUGAAAAACUGAUGGAUUCUUAGGGGGAGGAGAAACUCAUCAGUGAGGGUAUUCAGUAUGGAAUCCAUGAGAACUGCAGGGUUUCUAGAACUCACUUUGCACCCAUUUAAUUAGUGGGAAGAAUAAGUACGUUCUGCUACAGCUGCCUAUUUUGGUAUUGCGUUGGCCCCAGAAGUAGCAUUUUAUUCUUCUAACUCUUUUGCCCAAUUGGAGGGGUUCUCCUUGUCCCAUAAAGGAUAAUUGGAGAUUCAGGGGGGAUUUUUUUCUUUCAUUUACAUUCAUGCAAAGUUGAGUAAAUGUUAUUCCUCUUCUUAAAUUGGUGGCAUAUCCCUUCCCCCUUUGAAUAAGAUGAUGAACCCAACAAUUUUGGCUGGUUGAUUUUGGGGUGAGAUUUUUAUUUUGGUUUGGGGUUUUUCUUUGGUUCAAUGUACAUUGUCUCUCUAUAGUCAAAAUGUCUGUGACUGUAACGGUAUGUAUUUCUUUUACUGGAGAAAGUAGACUUUUUGGUUUUCGUUAACAGUACUAGUGACUUUGUGGAAAAUGACAAGUUGCUAUUUAGAUCUGCUUAGUUAAGUACAGUACACUACAAUACAGUAUUUCUGAAAGCUAGAACAUACAGUACACAAUAUAUAUAGCAAUUCUAUAUCAAUAUAUAUACAUAGUAUAAUCAUUUAACUUUUGCAUCUGCCUAUGAUCAUAGAAAAAUAUUUUUUUCAUAUGUAUCAUUCACAACCCAAUCAACUGCUGCAGCUAUUUGAAGCAUUUAACAGUAACUAUUACAGCUCUUGUGUGCUUUUUCAUAUUAUUGGCUUCUUUAUUGUCUUUACAAGUUGGGUUUUUUUUCAGCUUUUUUAAAUCUCUAUGUAGCAAGACGUAGGAAAGUAAAUUUUUUUAAGAAAAGGUAAAAAACAGUAUUAGGCUCUACAAAAAGUUAGAGGUUGUUCCCUGCUACCCUUUCAUAUCAGAAGAACAAUUAAUCAAGACAAUUAAGGUUUUCUGUUAGCUCUCUUCUAAGAUACCCUGUUAUUUCAUUUGUAAAAGUGUAUGUCAGACUUACCUCUUCCAUUCCUAGCCUUGGAGGAAGAUGCCACGAGUGGUCUUUUGCUCUUUCCAAGUUCUGUUUCUUUAAAGUUUGAAGGUUUCCUAAAAUUAUUCCCCACACGAACAUGGGGUAGAAUAAGUAUUAUUCUCUGUGCAGUUAUGCUAAAUGUGGCCAGUGAUUUUGCCAGGAAUUGGAUUAAAAAUACCUCCAUCCACCACUAUUAAUAUAUUCCAAUUGCAUCUUUACUUAUCCACUUGAUCCCCACUUUUUCAAGUGAAAACAACCUCUUUUGAGUUUCAGUUCAAAAGUUUUCGAAGGUGAGUGUCGCCUUUACCAUCUUCAUGACUCAUUGCUGUUGGUUCCGAAUUUUGAGUCAGUCCCAGUAGAUUUUAAUUGUCACCACAGAGCUGCUGAAAAAAAUGUCGCUAGAGUGGUGUCAACAUGUAGAUCCAAAUAGCCCAGGGGAAGCAAAUGGACACCCAAGUCCCUUCUCUGUUGUCAUCUUGCAAUAGCUGGGCCAGGCAACAAGGCUAGAUCCAGACUUCAUAGGAGUGCAAGAUUGCAGGAGCAUGGAAAUUUGUUUGCUUUUCUAAUUCAGAUACAUCUCAGCUGAUGGUCAUUGCUUUGGUUGAUAACAUAUCAAUCCUGAAUGAAAAUGUACAAAAUCAAGUGGAUAAGGGUUGUGGAGGAGGUACUCAUUAUAUCUCAUUUCUCCUGUGAAGACUGGAGGGAAUGAGAGAUUGUUCACAUCAGUUACAAGCUGUGCUUUCACUGAGAAUGAGGAAAUCUCUGUCACUGCAAAUCAGUAAACUUAAAAGUUCUUUUGGACUGGGAAGAGAGGGAAAGAGUUACCUGUGCUGCAUCUUGGGAUAAUGAAAUUAGAACUUCAAGCAUAGGAAUCAUCAAGUGCUGGCUUUCCUUACAGACUCCUGUCAUCUGCCAUUUGCACUUACGUGGAGGCCACUGCCACAUCCUUUUUCUUUCUACUUGCAGUUUAAAAGCUACAGUCUUCCAGCAGUGAUUUCUAAGUCUGGCUUUUCUUUAUUCUGUGUAUACCCACUUGUAAGGGAAGGAGGACACUAUCCUCUCAAUACUCAUUAUGCAGGUAACAAAACUAGAUUACCCUAUUACAUAAAAGAUGUACUUUGUCCUAUUAAGCCAAACCGGUGCCAUUUCACAGAUAAAUUCCAGCUACUGCAACAGAGUGCUGAUUCAGUGGUCCACAUUUUCUGACCAUGGUCUUUGCCUUUUCCUUCGAUUGAAUGCUGAAUCGUACAUAUCUUCACAGAGAGUGUUCUCACUUCACUGAGAAUACCUGAUCUUUUAAAUGGCUGCAUACCCAUUCCACGUUUCCCCUGCUAAUCCUUUGUAAGGUUCAGUAAUUCAUUUAGGAUAAUUACUAGUUUAAUGUGUUUCUUGAUUUAACUUCUUUGCUGCCUUUUAUUUUUUCCUAAUGCUUUUUUAAACACCUCAGUUCAUUUUGCAUGUUAUACAGUUUACAGUUUAUAUUUUUAGGCUAAGAAGUGGUUUUACAAACAGGAUGGUACCAAACAGGUAGAUUAUCCACACUAGAGAUUGUACUUUUAGAAAGCAGUGUGUACAGAUACAAUUGCCUAAAGGAAAGUGAAACUAACAAAAUAAUCAGCUGGUGAACACUAUUUUAACAUAUCUUUUACAUAAAACACAGUCAGUCAUUUGUGAAUCCAGAAAUCUUGCUUAUUUUUUUUGAACAUAUAUUCUUUUUCGUUCUCUGAAGAAAUACUAAUCUUGAGAAUUGUGAUGUUCUAAGAAACUUGUUUCGUAUGUUCGUAUUUUCUGCUUUUCUAAGGAGAGAGAAAACAGAAGAUGAUACUGGCUUUACAGUUCAUAGAUUCUUGCAUUGGAGGCUUUCCUUGACUGAUACAAACAUCAAGGGAAGGCUCUGGCCAAAUAUUAGCUUUAUUCUAGUAUAUGAUUUUCAUUAUUCAUUUGUUUUCAAUCUCCUCGUUGACCAAGUACACCUCCAUGGCUAAUGCAAGCUGUGGUCUCACUUUUCUGUGGUCGACAGCAUUUACGUUCAGCUCCUAUUUGCACUUCUUUUCUGUGUUAAACAGCUUUUGAGGAACACAACAGUUGAAGUAGGUAACACUGUCACCACGAGAGGGAGAACCUUGUGUGCUCUAUGCUACUGUGCAGGGACAGAAAGGGAUUUUAAAGCUUUUUGCUGCAAGGUUGAAUGAAGAGAGCCCCCGCCUUGGGGGUGCUUGCACCAAAGACUGGGGGGGCCUCCCAGGAGAGAGGAAUGCUUGAACUCCAUACAAGGGACUUGCUCUUCACCCGUGCCACUUAGAGGAAAAAAUGAAUCUCCAGUAUCUGCUGCUGCUCUUUGGUUAAAUGUAUGAAUAUUUUAAGAAAAAUUACAGUUCCUAUUUAUUGGUGGAAGAGGCAUCACUCAUUUGUUGGAGUCAGAACCACUUGUUCAUAAGUUCUUCAGCAAGUUACACUGUCUUUGGGUUGCCCUGUUUCCAUUGUCCUAAUGCCAGGAUGUAGCUUGGAGUGCUGUGAAACUCAUAGGGAUCCUUUUAAAUCUGGAAUUCAUUCUCAGUUUCAUACGCACUGAACAUUCAGACCCCUAAAUCCUUGCUCCAAAGUUCAGUCAAAGAAAUUCUUACCAUGAAAUGAAGCAGAAAAUUGGUGGUUUCCCAUGAACUCCAUCCAUAAUGAGCUUUUGUUGUCAAACAGAAGAUACAUAAAUAGGCUGCUCAGUUCAGGGAGGGGCAUACUGCGUGACCUUUCUUGUCAGCAUCAGUGAGGCCUAUGCUUAAUCCUGGAAACUGAUUGGAGUGAUACUCAGCAGGCCAAACUCUUCAGGCAGGACCCACAUGCUCUUUUGUUGACUUCAGUAUGUGUUCAUUGACAGAAAAAGCAUACUUAGUCCUGUAGGAAGCUGCAGUCCUAAAAGCUAGUUUCAUAUACCCCCUUGAAGAUGCCACAGGACAGUUCCCAUAAUUUGCAUGUUUCUGCCUGAAGUUUCUAUUCUUCAUAAAACUUACUCGAGAUUUGAUUUCACUCCACUGGGUAUAUGACGCCUGUGUUAAGGGAUCUAUGAUUAAAUAGUCUCUCCUUGCUGGGAGGCUUAAUUCAAACGAACUGUACAGGGCAGGACAGCUGCUUCCCUUUUAACAAGGCAUGGGACUUCUUUUGUCCAGAGUCAUGAACAGGCUUGAGUCUUCCGUUCCACAAGUAUGUAGCCUCUUUGGGUUUGAUUGGUGAUGGCGUGUUUAUCUUAAAUAGUGAGCCACAGUGUAGAUAUAUGACACACAGCAAUCACUUGUCUCUAAUUUACACCUUUGCUGUGUCACUUUUCUGUCACCAGAACAAUGUAAAAGCAUUCAGGUAUUUGGAUAUUUGGAGUUACUCGAUUCUAGGUUUCAAACUGGUUUACCCAGAAGCGCUCUGGCCAUACUGUUUUGUAAUGGUGAUCACAUAUUUGUGUGGGUGAAAUAAAGAUGUUUCUUUGUAAUAUCUGAUUGUAGAACCCCAAAUUCAGAUUGUACAUCAAGCCUUUCUGUGAAUUUCUGUUUUAAAGUGCUGCUGCAUUGGGUAUGCAGGAGGAUGGAUGGGAACCCACAUAGUUUAGUGUGAACUUACCAGUUCAGCAGACAGGUAGGGCACCCUCAAAGUACACACAGCAAGAAAAUUCAGUGCUGAUGGUUAGCUAGUUAUACUGGUUAAAAUGGUCUUUAUAGGUUUUAGGGAAGAGCUAGCAAGCAUUAUCUGUUUUGUGACUUGUCUAUGCUCUGGCACAGACACACAACUGUAGCUCAGUGCCCAGACUGGGUUUAGGUGCUGGCCCCUUGCUGUGGCUAGUAAUUGCAUUGUGCUCUCUUUAUUUUUCAUGGUAGGCUCAUUGGUAAUAAGCAGAGAAAGUCCUGGUAUUUUUCUGAUUUUGAGGUGGAUAUUCAGCAUCCCUGCACCCGUGCUUAGAUUCUUUCUCUUGGGAUCUUUCCUUAUUUCUGUGUGUGUGUAAAACGCUUUUUUGCACUAGGAUGAAACGGCCUAUCUGUGUGCUGGAGGCAAGGGCACAGCUUAUUUGUAUUUGCAAGGGAAAGAAAAGGGAGGAACCUGCUUUUCUAUUAUCAUUUGGUUUAGCUGUUGGAAUUUGCUUUUGUUCACAUUCUGGGGUGGGCUGCCAUCUUCAACAAGGGAUGGGGAGUGAGAGAAGAAGCAGAAGGCAUGAGGAAGCAUGUGCCCGAGCCUAAGUGAAGCAGCAUGCAAUAUUCCUCUAUAUACUGAGCAAUUACAGUGAGGUGAGUAUAGCAGCAGCAGUAUUGCCCUAAUGUGUUCCUUUUCCUCUACAUUUCCCUUUCUUGCUUCUUCUUCCCUGUUGUGGCCUCUUACACUGUUUUAGUGGUUGCCCACACUCCUUUCUAGUAGUUAUAAGGGUUAGAUGGGGGUUCUUGUUGCUGUCCAAACUGAAAUUAAUCUCCAAACCAGUGAAUACCCCAAAGUCUUUGUUGUGUUUUCCCAUGUGAUAUCUUAAUGAGUGGCAAGCCCUGGCAGAUGUUGUAUUUAUUUUGUUCAAGAGAUAGAUAGGCUAGGGGAGGUAUGGGCUGAUUGGAAUUUGGUAACCUGCUUGCCUUUGUUAUUAGUGAGCUUUAUUUUGUUUUUCUUAUGUGUUUUCAUUUUGAGGUACUUAAGAGCUUAUAUGCCUAUCAUUAAAAUUCCUGCUUUUCCCACUGUUGCCCUAGAAGGGCCAUGGAAAAAAAGCCUUUUAUAUAGUAUAUGUACCUGUGUAUUUGCAGGAUGGGGGGAGUUGUCCAUGCAUGUGAGUGUCUCGUGAGAGGGAGAAAACUAAAGUUAGCGUUGAUCUGUCCAUUUGUUUUAGAGUGGCUGCAGAGAGCUGCCACUUUGAAGAGCUGAUUGCACUACAGAACUUUAGCUUGGGCACUGUUAAAAUAAGGACUGUAUACUGGGAACAGGGAAGCUUUUUAGGGUUUUUUUAUCCACACUUACACAUGCCCUUUGUAAGGUGUGCCCCUGCAAAGUUUGCGUCUGACAACUUUGUGUAAAACCACUACUGACCUUUUUGCUGUAUCCAUUUAGUUCUCCUUUCUUUCUGCAGCCCCCAAACAAUGGCUUGUCUCCUUUCCAAUCCCUGUCAUUUGACUUGCUAUGUUUUUGAUAAAUGUCCUAUCUGCUACAUCAAGUGGGAGGAAAGAAAAUGAGGCAUGUGAAAGUGUGGCUGGGAGACUGCAAAUCCCCCUUUGUUUUGGGGCAUUCAUAUACUUUUACUGGGAGCUGAUUUCUUGGGGGCUGGGUGGGGUGGGGAGGGAGUUUGUGCUUUUUUGGUCUGGGUAAGGCUUUUUAUUUUUGCACUAAGUAUGACUGCACUGCACUGCAUUGCACUACUGAAAUGUAUUUACAUGUGGUGGGAUUGGAAGGGGCCAAUUAAGCAGGAAGGGAGAAGAGAAAGGGAUAGGCACAGAAAACGGGAUGUAUUGUAAACCAGGUUGAAAGAGAACUUGGGUUACCUUUACUUUAAGCAACUAGUCAGACACUGAGAUAGCUGUAUGGGAUAGCUUCUGUUAAAUAAAUAAAUGAAGCAGUGUAACAGAAACAUCACAGGUUUCAGGGUGCUACGGAUCUUUUCCCCUUUUUUCCUAGAGUGUUCUUUGGGGCUGUGAAGAGUUAAGAGAACUGCUCAGCAUGAAAACCAGUCAGUGUAAGGCUUCAACAUAAAGAUACCAAUUCCUAGUUCAGAUGUCAAAACUUGCAUUGAUAGGGUCUCUUCAGAGAGGUCCAACUGUAAUUAGCAUCCCUUCAGUAUAAACAUGAUUUGUCAGCUCAAGAAGUGAAGGCAGAAAGCAGGCUUACCAAAGGGGAAGGUCACUGAAAAAAAAGCGCUUCUUUCCAAGGCUGUUAUGGGAACAGUGCAAUAAACAGUCAUCCUGAACACUCAGUUAAAGGUGUUCCAGUCCAGCCUUUGGGGCAGAGGGAGCAGGAGGAACAUUUGGACAAGGAAGAUGAUGUGAAGUUCAGUACAGUAAGGAAUAUUCUUGCUUAGGCAAAGAUGCUGUCUGCCGUUUUAAAAUCUUCAGUCUUAUUUCUCUCAUCAAGCAGAUAAUUAAGCAUUAUGAAGAGUUUCAGCUGGAGCCAGAUGGAGCCUUAAGUUGGAAAGGAUUUUUACAGUCAAGAUGGAUGUUGGCCUAUGCCUAUGACUUAUGGUCAUUGACUUUGUAGCAAGCAUAAUAUGAGAAAAAACAGUAACAAUGUGCAGCAAGAUCCAUCUCUGCUAUAGCUCUUUGUGGUCUAUAAACUCUCAAAAGUUUGUGUUGGAUCUCUUCAGUAAGACUAUAAUUACAACUUCAGCCAGAAGGUAAAACAGGAUCAUGAAAAAUGCUGUGCAUAGCAACUGGGAGAAUGUUAAAUCAUGAGUGCAUUUGCUUUGGUCCAGCAGGGGAGGAACAGCCUGACUAAUGCACACAGAGGUUUCAUGGACAAAACAAGGGAGGUAGUCAUCCAGCUGCUAAGGGAAGUCUAGAGUAAUUCAAUGGUCAGAAAUCUAUUCAUGCCCUGAAUUUCUCCUUUGACUUGAAGCAAAGACAUUUUGGCCUCGUUAGUACUAAGGAAUGGGUAGUACAGACCUUACACAGGGCUGCACAACGCAAAGCAGACUGCUGCUGGUCAGUCUGUUGGGCUGCCUCAAGAAAAAUCAAGAACUAGAGAAGGAAUAAUGCACAAGAGUUAAGGUGGGAAGGAACAGGUCUGUCUGGAACCAGGAGAGACUUCAGAGUUAGGGAUGUGUUUUUCUGGCAAGCUCUGAGACUUCUGCUCUUAGAUUUCAUCCCUAGUUUGAAAGGACUGGAAGAGAAGAAUUGGAGCUAUCCCCUGGUGUACUGUUAGAUGAACUACUGAAUGACUCUUCCCUUGAAAGCAAGGAGGACAGAAGAACAUGCAGUCUCUUUCUGAGCCAUCUGCAGGAAUCCUGUAAGAUGAAAACCACUGGAGGGUCAUCUUCCAGUAAUGAGGCAACGGAUGCCCAACAAAAGCACAGUUCACUUGAGAGCCAGCAUAAUACAGUGGCAGGAGAGCACUUUUAAUUUGUAAAAUGGCAUUUGCUUCUCUUAGAGUAGUGAGCACUACAGAGUCAUGAUAUGGGAAGAAAUGAAGUCUGUCUGCUGAAAUUCACAUUAUGAGCCAAUACUCCCCUUUUUUGUCUGGGUGUGUUUUUGUUUUGUUUUCUUGUUUAAGGCAGCUGCAUAUAUUGCUACUGUCAGAGUAGAUUUGCAUUGUCAAAGAGGAGUAGUGGACUGCUCCAGAAAAAAAGUGAAGCUGAGGGUUUACUGAGCCUGCUGUGUCCAGAGUGCCUUUCCUGCUGUGAAAGAACUUGUGUAGUUUGAGCUGUUCUGGCUGACUGAUUGCUGCAUAUUCCUCCCUUGUGGUAUGACCUGAUGGCAACCAUAUUUGGACAAGGAGAGGAACACUGCAUGCUUGCAAUGCUGUGAUAAGAUGCCAUUUGCACUAGUUUUUUAAAAGUACUGCAACCUGAAGAAGUGGGCUUUGAGCCAUGCUCCAAACCCAAGUUUGAAUUCAGUCUGUUUAAACCUGAUUCCAGCUGACUCAGUUUCAACAAAGCUGGUCUAGUACAUGUAAACAGGAACUAAACCAUUUUUUAAAAGCCAAAUUCCAGCCUAUGUUCCCACUCAGUUACAGUGUUUGACAGGACCAGACCUUGAGCGUGUGAUUGUAUAGUUCUAAUGGCUUUUAAAUAAGUUGUUCCUUUUCACAUGGUCAGUUUGAAGCUAGUUUAACUGGAACUGCAUUUAAAUAUAUAGCACAAACUCAUGGUUUUUUCAGCAUGGUACUAAAGCCCCACGUAGACAGUGCUUGAUUGAGAAACCAAGGAUAACUUGAGGUUUAUUUUAAGAAGCCAAAACAUAUGUUGCUGACCAGAGAUGCCGCAUAAUUUAAUGCCCUAUUUUUUUCUCCAGAUGGAGAAACACUAACUUCUAUGAUUCUCCUCCAUUUGUCAUCCUGCUUCAUUUUUGCACCUUUUCUCUUGAAUGAAAAUCACUUUGGCCAGUGGGCUAGAUCCAAAACAGAACUUCCCUGUACUGUUUGAUUGUGUGGUUUCUACAUGUUCCUUUCCUUGACAUUGACAGGCACUACUGAGGAUCAGCUUGAGUUUUCGCUGGGACUAUGUGGCAUAGUUACGGUUCAAUAAGAUGCGAGUGAUAUUUUCAACAUUAUGGUAAUUUUAAAGCUUACCCUUGAGGAAAAUGUUACGUUUCAAAAGUUCCACAGAAAAAAGAAAAUGCCAGGAAUCACGAUGGAGCUUCAGUCACAGUGCUAUAGCCUAGUUUGUAGGGAACACAUUUUUGGUGGCUGGUGAUGCUGACAUUUACAAAAGCAAUUCAGAAGUAAUAGAGAGCAUAUGCUUUAUCAUCCCUACUUAACUAAGAGAAUUUAUACUAACAGGAAGUAUUUUACUUUUUCCCUAAUGGAAGAGGCUAAAAGAUCUAUCACAUCACCUUAAUCUGAAUUUGCUUCAAGACUGCUCCCAAACAGUGUGCCAGCCAAAUGACCUCCCUCAUUGAUUGUAGUAUCACAGUGGCUGGUGAUUUGUCACAUCACCCAAGGUGACCAAGAGAUAGCCUCAGCUAGAAGCCUUUUACCUUUCCUUUUCCUUUUGGUUUUCCAUCAAACCAGGAGUGCAGUUAGUGGUGAGUAGAUGGCAGGUCAGCUGUUGCUCCAGAUGGCAAGAAUGGCAGAGCCACAUGGCAGCUGAGCUACUGUUGUCCUCAAGGACACCAGUAAACGCAGAAGACCAGGCUCUCGUUGCUGGUGUAGUUGUAAACCUACAGCUUCUGCUGCUCGCCCCUCCAAACUUGUUUCAGUCAACUAUGCUGUUGGCCUCGAAUAUGCUUUGUGUGUGAAAAAAUGAAUGCAGUUGUUCUGUUGUCUGUCCUCUUUCUUCUGCAUCAUGGAUGUGGCGCCAACUUAAUCACACAACAAGCUUGAGUUUUAUUUCGCUGUUGUUGUUAAAUGUAAUUCUACUGUAGACCAAAAAAUACAAAAAGGAGUAAAAAUCAGUUUCAAGACAUCAAAAAACCAGUGAGUGAAAGGUGAAAAAUGUAGGAAGUGAAGGUGUGAGAGGAGCAGUGGUUAACUGUGUUAAGUUAGAAAUCUCAGAAUAGCCUUACCUAUUUCUUAACCAAUGCUUACCAAUCAUCUGGUAGUGGGGUUAGAUAGCUUUCUUGGCUCGUUCGUACUUGUAUCCCAAUAUAUAUGUAUAUUUUAUUUUUGUUUCUUUGGUAUUGCUGUUGCACAUCACGUUGUCUUUUAUAAUGCCUGAUUUUUAUUGUAUUGUACUUUAUCAGUCUGUUUUGGUUCUGUUUUCCUUUUGAAGGAUGGGAAAAGUAACGUUUCCUUUUUGGUUUGAAUUUUUGAGAAAAAAAAAAUGCACUGGAAGUAAACACAAACACAUUUUGCCAUUUGAAAAAAAUAAAUAAAUAAAGGAAAACACACAGCCACACAGUGGAAAAGGCUAAGAAAAAGCUCCCCUCUUCUUCCUUAUUAUGGAAGCAUCCUCUAAAAGAUAUGCUAGAAAGAAAACAAUCUCAAACAAAAGAAGAGAGAAGCCUCUUUGAUCCUGGCUCUGCAAUCUGAAGUAUUCUAGCACAGUGUUUUGCAGGGUUGGGCUCCUAAGUGGCCAACAGUCAUGAAAUCCAGAACCACAUGUGGCAAAUUCAUUCCUGAUGCAAGCAGAUGUAAUUGCAAUGAAGUCAAAGGAGGUACACAGAGGAUGGAUUUAGCCACAUGUAUGCGAGAUACAGCCGUCUUCCCUGUAGUACCUAAGUCCCCACUGCUAGAUCUUAUUGCUGUCAAAACUGUUGGUCUUCUGGCUGUGUUAAUCGCAUAAUGCCCCUUGAACGUUGUUCAGGGUAGGCAAAACACUUUCCCACCGAAUAAAUCAGUUCUGGAUGCACCUUGGUGUGACACUUUUUGUCUAGCAGCUUUCAGCUGUCACCCGCUCACUCCCAGCUGUGAACUGAUACGAUCUAACUCUGGUUGAAGACCCUGCCUUUGCCAGAAAAAAUGGACUUGACUAUUAAGCAUAGUAAAACUUCUGCGUAUUUAACUACUAUGAUCCAGAAAUGGCCCUUGCACUUUUAAGGCAUAUGGAAACAUCCUCUCUGUCUUUCAAAAUGGCAACAGUUCUUUCACAACUAAAAUACUACAUGUGCACAAAUGUGCACGCACGCGUAUGUGGUCCUUGGGCUCAUCGCCCCAAAACAAAUCCUUCCUGGAUCUUUCUGUGCCCGGCAGUGUCCUGUCUCCAUAGUGCCUGGUCAUUUGAGUACAGCGGGGCAGAGACUCAUGUAGAGAUAAAUGCAAAGAGCAUACAUUUUAAAAGGCAGAUGAUUUUCCUGUUAUGCCAGCAUCUUUGAAUCCCUAUAUCAGCUGAUGGUUUUUCCUAGCCUGAUGGCUUUCAAUCAGUUGUUGAAACAUUGGCUUUCUCUGUUUUGUUUUCUAAAGGAGGGAAUGUGGGGUGGGGGAGGAUAAUGAGGUGUUGUUUGUAACUUCACAGUCCUGAUAGUUGGUUUUAUCUUCCAUAUUUUAUGCAAAAACAGACAUUAUAAGUCAAGAAAUAAUUGUGCCCUCGGUUGAAAGUUAAGUGUUCAGGAAAGGAAGAAAAAAAAACCCUAAAAGGUUGGCAUUUUUCUACAUUUUUGUGAAGACUCUUUUGGAAAGGAAGGGUACAUAUUUUUGUUGUGUAGUAUUUUCUAUUUUUGAAUGCAUUUUCUUGGUACAAGACUGUUUUGUGGAAUUUUUUUUUUUCUUUUUUUGGUGAACACAUUAUUUAAAAAAAAAAAAAGAAAAGAAAGAAAAAAAAACUAAUUGAAAAGUUUGCCCUUAAGGAUAUGCUGCAGUUUUGAGGUUUAAAAUAAAUACACAUUCAAGGCGCGUGUUAAAAGUCGGGGGAUUGUAUUGUUGGGAGUUUUUUUGUAAUUGUUACAAGAAGAAGUUUGUAGCCACUGCUGUUUAUUUUGUUUCAGAUGAGUAAGUAAAGGGAUUGUUCUUGUGUUAUUCUUUUUUUAAAAAAAAAUACAAAAAAAAAGUUAUUUAUGAAAUGUCACAAACACUGGACUGUGAAUUUGUGUGGAAACAUUUUACCACCCUGUGUCUUCACAGAGCUGUUGGUGAUCCUCCUUCUCAUUACUCUGCCUUAUGAUUUCCUGAGCAAGUUGGGGCGAAUAUUGGGAGGGUGGCAGAGAAACUAAAUGCAUUUUUGAGGCAGAGACUCAAGGGGAAAAUGCAAAGCAGUCUUUUGGAAUCCCAAACCCAGGCCAUUGGCUCUACUUCUCCUGUCAUCAACCACAGGAAUGAGAAAGGCUUACAGUCACUGGCAGAGAAGGAAAACUCGUGGUACCUAGAUGUGGCAGUGUGCAAGGGGUUAAGUGACUGAGAGCCGUGGUGCUCAUAACGACCUCUGUAAAUGACAUCCCAGGUUCUCAGUCAACAGCUCCCUUUGCUUGCCCUCAUCCAGCCAGUGACUCUUGUGACCAACUCACCAACCCAACUGAAACCGUGAGGAUGGUUUACAUUUUCAGUCUCUAAUUGAGCCUUUCUGGCACUCCGGCAGUGGGACUAACCAGUGGGGAGCACUAUUCAGUUUGAUUUAAGGAGAAGUAGAGGCUGAGGGCAACAAAAGGUGUGCUGUGUCUCAAUUUUUUACGAGCAAGCUUAAAAAGACUAAAGCAGUGCUCCAGGCACUCAUGGGACCAGAGAAAAGGGAAGAAGGAAGACACCAACAGCCAUAACAAAAAACUGGAGAUAUGUAACUGGGCUAUAUUUGAAACCAACCAGACUCUUUUCCUUCCUGGACAAUAAUGCAGCCAAAUCUUGAGACUGUCAAGCAGACAGAAAGCUGAAUGUGGCCUUCAUUUCUCCUGCCUUUCCUUUUUUAUUCUUCCUUUGCCCUGAGAUUUUUUCUCAGUGAGCACCUGCUCCACUGAGCACUUUUCUGCCCUCCACCUAAACUGUCCUUGCUUUCAAAAUGUGGGUUCAGUCAGGACUGAGUAAAAUCAUGUGCCUUCUUUUUCCCUUUUGUAAUUAUGCCAACCUCCUCCCCUUCCCCAACUUACACGUGAGAGACGCAGGAGGAGGCUCUUUAGAAGUGCUACUUGUCUAUUGGUGUCCAGCAAAGCAUUAAGGUGGUGGUGAGAGGAAGGGGAUCAGAGAGAUGCUAUUAGCUCCUUUCCCCUUCCACACGUAGCAGGUCUUCCCAAGGAGACACCCUCCACCACCACCUCCUCAGAUGCUCCUCUCCUGCAGAGUAGUCAUAGUGGGCAUGGGGUGGCUUUUCUCUCCCAUUGCUAUCCUAGAUGAGUGAAGCACUCAAUUUUAGUUCAUGCCAUUUGCAGGCAGUUACAUUGACAAGACAAAUGCAGUUUGUGGCCUUAUCAAGAUGACUUUUAAACCACUAAAUGUUAAAAAAAAGGCAACUUAUUUCCCACCCAAGGUUUGUGUCAUUUCUGAAAACACAGUCCACAGCAGUUUAAUCCUUUAAUCUCAGUCCAUUCUACUGAUGGUGGCUAAACUGACUAGCCUAGAGCUUAAGUGCUAGGCUGCCUGGUCUCACACUUUCUUUAACCCCUACUGUCUGCUUGCUUUUCUUUCUUUCUACUAUAUUCUCUGCUUUAUGAGGCAGCCCUAGCCUUUGGUGAAGGGUGAGGAGCCAGUGGGAUCCUGGCUCAGAGGAGGUAGUUGAUUGAUAGACUCUGUUGAGCCUUUUAGCAGGAGAAGGAUAUACCAGCUGCCACAGCAAAUGCAUAUUAUGAUGGGCUGACUGCAGUAUUUUAGGGUCAAUUAACCUCACCCAGUUACUGGAACAGGGCUUGUUCCCAGGUCAAAACCACGGGGAGAGUAAAGAAUGCAUUGGCACAACAGAAAAGCGGCUUGCAAUUCACAGCCACUCGUGGGCAAAGACAGGGACACGACUGCCACCCGGCUUCCCUGCAGAUAUGCCCACUGCACAGUCAUUGUCCCUGUCUCCGUGGAGGAGCCAGCUGAGCUCUAUAGGCUUUUCUGGAUGUAAAAAUCAGCAUGAAGUAGCCCGUGCGUAGUGUCCAUCUGCCAGGUGAGCACGAAGGUGUGUGCUGUUCCUCUGCACAGCAGGAAGCUCCAUGGAGGCUUUCUGGGAACUUACCUUUUCAGAAACCCACCUGAAACACCUGUAGCACCCAUGUGAUGAGAAUGAAAAAAAUCUCUCAAUCACUUCCAUAAAUGAUCCAGUAAAUUAAAAUGGGGGGGCUUAAAUUUUUUCCUUUAGGCUGGGCUCUAGAGCCAGGAAGGAACAGCAGGGGAAUGGUGUAGUUUUUCCUGUCCCAGUUAACAGUCUGCGUGUGUGCAUGUAUAUACAAGAGAAGGGGUAUAUUUCUGCCCAUCUUUGGUGCUGAUGGACUUACUUACUUAAAGACAUUUGUCCAAGGCUUACUUUUGACACACACAGAGAACAUAAGAAUAAGCUCUAGCACAUGCAGUAUUUCCCCCACAAAAAGGGAAGGAGGGAGGGGAGAGCAGUGUGGGUAGUUGGGAUUGUUAAGGUUGGAUUACUUUGCAUCUUUUGUAAAACUGUAACUUCAGCAGUGCCUUAUUCCUAAUAGAUGCUGGCACUUGGGACACACAUGAUGAAAGACAGAACUAGGGAGAGUCAGACAUGUACAUCCUUAAGACAGAGGUCAUUAAUCGUUGUAAAGGAAGCUGUAUUGGGAAUGACACAGCUAUAUCAGAAUUGAAAAUAGUUCAAAUGUUCAACCUCUAAAGCAAUUUCCCUUCCACCACCUCCUGCCUUCCCUCCUUGCCAAUGGUGCUGCCCAAGAAUAGCUGCCUACACUGAGGCCUGUCACUGCCCCAUUUGCUUUUGGCGUUGUCAAGUCCAAGGAGUUUAGCAUAGUCAAGCUUUCCACUGCUAUCGUGUUUUUCCAUGGGGUAUGUGAAUGCCAGUUAUUUUGCUUUAAAUGCACUUUAAAUAAAAAAUCAAAAUCAAAGCUCCAGACUGUUUCAAAUACAUAGGGGAAGACAGUGCAUAUGUGUUUGAACCCAGUUCACUUUAUCUCCAGUUCUAAUCUACUCCAUGCAGUGUGUAUGUAUAGAACAAUGUGUAUGCAUACAAACACACACACAUCAACCUUAAAUAUCAGCAGACUAACCUUUCUCCUUAAGCUCAUGAAACCAGAUGCUACACAAACACAGCAGCAGCAGAGGAAUUACGGUUGGGCUCUUGAAACAGAUCACAAAAAAUAAAAACAACUACUUGGUCCUUUCUGUACAUUCAAUAAUUACAGAAGGAAUUGGGUUGUCACCAGAAUAAAAAGGAACGGUGCUAACUGAAUGAAUGGGCAAAAAAAAAAAAAAAAAAAAAGACAAAAACAAAAACAAAAACUCAGCCCAAUAAUGCAGUUUGACUUCUAGUCUCACAUUGGGUUGGUUUGUUACAUUUUUUUUGUUGUUGUUUUAUAUGAAAAAGAAAAUACGUGCAUCUAAACUGAUCCAUCACAACACCACCACCAAUGGCAAAAAGAAGCCAACAAAAAAUGCAUCCUGCCCUGAGGAAGCUCUUGUUUCUGGAGGAUGUCAGAAGUCUCAAAACUCUCGGCCUUGCUCUCACGUACCACAUGCUCAAUCAGUCCUUUUUUUUAAAUGUCUGAAACUGAAAAAAAACAGAAAAAAAAAAUAAAAAAAAAAAACUUUUUGAAGCACCUUAUGUGGCUUCCCAUUCCAGGAGUGGGAGCCACCUUUUUUUCUUUGAGCACCUUACUGAUGUGUUAAUGCUAUCUGCUGUCUUUUUGUUACUGGUGGGCCGAGUGGCUGGCUGUUAGCACGGACACGCAUGCGUGAUGGGGAGGCCAGGCACACGUACGCGGCCUUUCUGCAACGCGCGCGCCUGAGUGUCCAGCCACGGUCCCAUUCCUUGUGGCUUGAACCCAGAUGAACAUUUCUUGGUCAGUCUUUGUGGCAUGGAGGGGAAGCUAAAUGAUGGAUUGGAGAGCAUGCACAAGUGUGUGCAGAUGUAAAAAACACCCAAAUGGAACAUCUUCUUCUUGGGGACAAAAACUCCCAACAGUCAUUUGAUGCUGAGUGAAUGGGAAACUGCACCCGGGCCUAAAUCCUGGGGUCUUUAUGCAAGCAACCAACAGUUACGACCUCAGGGGCUGUCUUGCCAGCACAAAGACUUCAGGAUUUGACCCCAGAGUGGCAGAGAUACUCCACAGGAGACAGGGCUCUGCCGGUACCAAUGCGUGUUGCUGUGGUCCUAAGUGUCGUCAGGCGCCCUCCCAUCCGCGCACACACACACCCCCCUGCUGUACAGGCAUCUCUUGAGAAACACAGUUUGUGACGAUGUGAAGAGCAGGUCAAAAGUUUUGAGGGGUUAAGUAAGUUCCUUUUUUUUCUCUCAUUAUACUCUGUAAAUGGUAUGUCAGUUAUGAAAAAAACCAACAAGCAAAUAGAAAAAUUGAUUAAAAAAAGAAAAUAAAAAUUACCUUGCAUACGCCUUUUCUAUCAAGUGCUUUAAAAUAUAGAAUAAAUACACACAUCCUGCCAGUUUUUUCUUACAGUGAGAGUAUCCUUACCUGCCAUUUAAUAUUAGCCUCGUAUUUUUCUCACGUAUAUUUACCUGUGACUUGUAUUUGUUAUUUAAAACAGGAAAAAAAACAAAAAAAAUCCUAAAAAAAAAAGAAAACAAACAAAAAAAAGAAAAUUAACUGUAGCGCUUCAUUAUACUAUAUUAUUAUUAUUAUUGUGACAUUUUGGAAUACUGUGAAGUUUUAUCUCUUGCAUAUACUUUAUACGGAAGUAUUACGCCUUAAAGAAAAAAAAUACGGAAAUAAAUUUUACAAGGUUUCUGUUUUGUGUGGAAGAGUAAUUGAUGUUGCUAAGAAUGAUGUUUGUUUUUCUUGUUUUUUUGGUUUCUUUUUUUCUUUUUUUUUUUUUUAAUGUUACCAGCACUUUUUUUGUAAGUUUCACUUUCUGAGGUAUUGUACAAGUUCACACUGUUUGUGAAGUUUGAAUAUGAAGGAAUAAUUAAAAAAGAAAAAAAAAGAGAAAAAAAAGACAAAAAGAA